CUUCGUUUAGAUUUUGAAAACAGUGAGGUUUUGUGAACGUAGAUAGUGAACGAAAAUAGUGAUGUCUGCGUGUGUCGUUGAAGAAGGUAGGGAGGAGGGCGGUGGCGCAUGCGCGCUGGAGGCCGGGCCUAGCGUGGAUCGCGACGAGUUACCGGAGCGCCCGCGCAGGGAAGUCUUACUAAGUGCGCGGGGCCGACGCGCAUGCUCUGAGCAGGGACCUCAUCCUAGCCUUAAUUUUCAACACGGCACAUCACAUUUGUGGGGUGCCAACAACAGUCGUCGCGGUUGGAGUCGCAAGCGCACCUCAGCGCCACAGAUGAGCAACGUUCACGGGUCUAUGCCGCGGGUGGCGCUAGUGUUGCGGUCUCGACGGAGCUGGCCUGUUGCACCACAGUCAUGUAGAAGAUAA